CCGUGUGUGUGCGGUAUAAAAUGUGCACGUCUGAAGUGACGUCGCCAUUUUCUUGUCACAACUUUUAACUUGAGCGUUGAAAGGUCGGCUUCAGGAAGUAUGUUGUCAAUAUUUUGAGAAGCCUAGGAAUAUUUAAGGCUUCCGUGCUCGCAAGGACAACUAGAAGAUGACGGCUUGUCUUCUGAAGAGUGUUUGAGUGUAAUUUUGACUGGAGUUACGUGAACAGUUUGGCACUCGAAAUUGGAAGGUCUACUGACUGGCACUGAUACGCACGUUUGUUGUCACGCCGGCGUUUUCGCUGUUUAACCUGGCCGCUCGUUCACAGGCUUUUGAAUAAAUUAUAAAAAAAAUCUCAUGAAGGAGGAAAAGAUACUGAGCUUCGUGAAUUCCACGAUCGUCUGGCAUUUCACUGCGUAGUACGGUUGAGUCAAAUCUGAGGACCUUCAAUUCUGAGGUGAGUCGAUUAAACUCGUCCAGCAUCGCCACUUCGGUCUUCCCGUCUGCUAGUGUGACAAGUCGGUUCACUAGCACGUCUGCGCUGAAGUUGAACUGGUCCAUCAGGCUUAUCAAGUAUCUCGCCCUCAAUUGUACUGAUUUCUUUCCGCGAUCAAGAUGGCGGCGUCCAUGGAAUGGGAUACGAAGGUCACCGAUUCCGGUGAACAACCUCCUCUCUCGGGGUCAUAUCCGUCUGUUGUGGAAAGAUAUUACACGACAAGAUACAAAAUUGAUGUGAAUGGCAAGUCUUGCGAAGAUUUCUGUGUUCUGAAACACAGCAAUAAAGUUUGUCUUGUAACGAUUGCGAAGGGUCAUCCAUUGCUUCGGGAAAACAAACAAAUCCAGAAAGUUGAUUUCCAAGUUGGAGCCAGCACAAAUCGAAUGAAAAAUAAAGUAAUUGGGAAGCGGAAAAAGGGAGGGCAGUGGCUGAACCAGACUGCCGAACUAUGUAAAGUCACCUGCUCUGAUAGCACCUGCUACACGAUGUACAGCUGCAUCAGUGCUAAACUCAUCGAGGUCAAUGAAACGUUACUCGAAAAUCCUCAACUCAUCCAAACUAAGCCAUGUGGCGAAGGUUAUAUCGCCAUAGUCCUGCCGAAGCUCGGGGGCUGUGAUCUGCAGAUGGAUAAACUCCUCACACCAGCUCAAUACGAGGUUGUUUUGAAAGCAAGGCUUGAUAAGGCAAGAGAUGGAGAGAUUACUACUGGUACUGUGGAAGUGCAAUCUUCAGGUGGUGAUUAGGGCUGAGUCAAUUCGAAUAAUUCACGAUUCGAAUAUUCGACAAUCGAUCGAAUAUUCGGUUUUUCGGAUAUUUGGCACGGCCCAGGUGGUGAUCGGUCACCUGACACCCCAAACUGAAUGUUAAGACUCACCUUGGUCACACUAUUAUACCAAAGUUGACAGCAACCAGUUCGCAAGCUCCUUGUACAUGCACCACUACAUACACGUCGUGUCACUCAGAUCUAGCGAGAUAUUACAGUUUCCAAAAGCUGUAAUUAUCAAUGCCUAUUCAUUGGCAGUGGGGUUAUGUAAUGAAGCACAUUAGGGUAAGACAGGUGUUUGCUAAUACAUUAUGUACCAGUAAGAACCUACGAAUACAUGCAUCGUAGUUGAAAGGAUAGACGUAUGCCUUACUAUCCCCAGAUAUUUCCCUUGGCUUUGCCGACAUCCAGAGUUCCAGUUUUAAUAUUCAUGUUGCAAUUACCGCUUGUCUAUCGUGAUCUGCAGGGACCAAAAUUGAACCUGACAUCUUUUAAUCAGCGAGUUAUGUUAAUAGGUUUGUGGGCGGAUUACACCUGUCAAUUAUGUUUUGACAAACAUGGAGUAAAGACCUCACGAGAACAUAAGUACUAUAUUCACUACACCUGAUUCGUGUCAGCCCCUGUUUGUUUUAAAGCAAGUUUUUUCUAUUUAGAAAAUUCUCUGAAGUACGUGCACUUGGCCCAUUUGGACUCGGUCUAGACCAAAUUUUUGGUGACAUAAGUCAUUUUCCACUCUCCAAACAAUGAGCGAAAUGUCAACAACAAAAUGUGAUAGCUGUCAAGCCGAGCGUGAUACUAGUAAAGUACUGACCCGCUCCAUUGAACUUCCUAGAGGUGUGCUGACGUCAUAGUUUGCUUCGAAGAAAGCUCGAAAAUAGUUUCGUUGGAAUUUCUUUGAGUGCCCUUACAACCGACGGCCUGUUUCUAGCAAUGCGUGAUGUUAUGCUGAGAUAAAUGAGAUAACUACGCUCCUUCAGAGCUUCUUAAAAUAAUCUUUAAAAAAAGAGAGAAAACUACGCGUCCAUCGGUAAAAUAACUGUACUCUUGUGCGUCAUUAAGUAAGUCUUCAACAUGUUCCAGUCAAGUGUAAGGCCAAGAUUUCUUUAAAAUGUUCAUCCACGGGAAGAUGGGCAGAUUUGUUUCCUAGUAUAUUUUUAACCACAAGAGGUAAGAUUUAAAAGUAUAUUUCACGAGAUUAAAAUAGUUUGGUUUUGUCAUGUAAAUAUACAAGCUCAAGUUAUUGACACGCAGUAUUUGUGUAUUUUGUUAGAAUUAUUUUGUAAUUUAUAUUUCAUUUCAUAUCCAUGCCCUAAUUUUGUCUCAGUAUUUUCAAGGUUAUGCCCGUUUAAUGGCAAAAGAUUAAUACCCCGGAUGGAUUUGUUCAGUGACUCAAACUUUUCAGAGAAAUUUCGUGCUCGGCAGUGACAGGUACUUUAUUUGUUUGGUCAGUAACGCGUGUUUGUUAAAUAUCAAGCCAAAAAUAAAGUGGUGUUAGAAUCUUGUUCAACA